AUGGCGGCAGAAGAAGGAGCUGAAUUGCAGCUUCCACUGCGGAAGAAACAGGCAAAACAGCAACUUGCCAAGGGCAUGGAGCAUUUGCGUAGCUAUGUCACAAUAGAUGAGCCCGCAUCAUCAUCAUCAUCACCAUCAACGCAUGCCGCGGGAGAGGAUGCGUAUGGGGUACCAGCUACAUAUGAGCCGGUAAGAAAGCCGGCCACAGAUUCUCAAGAAAACCCUCAAAAGCGGACGGAUCCCUUUCAAUUCGGGACGCGGUACCUCGAGGAGGGAGACGACAUCUUCGCACAUAACGCCUGGGACCACGUCGAGGUAGACCCUCAAUACAGCGACUUCAUUGAACAGCAGACCAUCUUCCAGCGCGAGAAUCAAGUGUCAGAAAUCGAUAAGAAGCGAUUCAACGAGAAACCUGAGAAGUGGUGGGACCGCUUCUAUAGCAACAACCAAGCGAAUUUCUUCAAAGAUCGAAAAUGGCUGGUGCAGGAAUUCCCGGUCCUUGGCGAGGUGACAAAAGAAGACUAUGGACCUGUCACGGUGUUGGAAGUUGGUGCCGGCGCUGGAAAUACAGCUUUCCCAAUCCUUGCAACGAACCAGAAUCCUAGCCUCAGGCUGCAUGCCUGUGACUACAGCAAAAAGGCCGUCGACAUUAUCAGAUCACAAUCUGCAUACACAGAACAGGCUGCGCCGAUACUCCAAGCAGAUGUAUGGGAUAUUGCAGGUGAUGAGCUUCCGCCUGGCCUGGAGCCAGGGAGUGUCGAUGUUGUCCUUCUGAUCUUCAUCUUCUCCGCUCUGUCACCCAAGCAGUGGACAAAGGCAGUCAGCAACGUCUUCGCUAUCCUCAAGCCCGGAGGAGAGGUACUGUUUCGUGACUAUGGCCGAGGCGAUCUUGCCCAAGUGCGAUUCAAGAAAGGUCGGUAUCUUGACGAGAACUUCUACGUUCGCGGAGAUGGUACACGGGUAUACUUCUUUGAGGAAGAUGAGCUGAAAGACAUUUGGAGUGGAGCGAGGCAUAACGAAGCUUCUGAUGCAAAUGGAGGAUCGUCUGACGGUGACAAAGACAAUGCUGACAGCCACCGGCCACCCUUUGAUAUUGUCAAUCUUGCUGUCGACAGGAGAAUGCUGGUCAAUCGCCAGCGGAAGCUCAAGAUGUAUCGGUGUUGGAUGCAAGGUCGAUUCAAGAAGCCUCAAUGA